UUUCUCACAAUGAACAACGAGCCAGAUGUUAAGCGAUCAUGGCACAGAAACUCAAAAAGCUUUAGAAGAGUUGGACAAUGUGCAAAGUGCUUUGGACAAUUUAAAUGAGAUUGCCAGCGAAGAAAUUCUUAAAGUUGAACAAAAAUAUAAUCAACAAAGAAAACCUUAUUUCGAACAGCGAAGUGAAUUAAUCAAAAAAAUUACAAAUUUUUGGGUCACAGUGUUUAUCAACCAUCCACAAAUUAGCUCCAUUAUGGAGGAAGAAGAGGAGGAAUGUUUGCAUUAUUUGACUAAAUUAGAGAUUGAAGAAUUUGAGGAUAUUAAAGCUGGUUAUAAAAUUAAGUUUACUUUUGAUGUCAAUCCUUAUUUUGAAAAUACUGAAAUUUUCAAAGAAUAUAAUUGGUCAGGUGCUGACCCGCGUUGUUCUUCUACUCCAAUCCAAUGGAAACCGGGAAAACAAAAGCAAUUAAUGAAUGGUGCUGGAAAGAAUGGUGGAGAAAAUAGAAGCUUUUUUAAAUGGUUAUGUGAAGAAUCUGAUCCAAUGGCUGAUGAUAUUGCGGAAGUAAUUAAAGACGAUAUUUGGCCAAAUCCACUUCAAUAUUAUUUGGCACCAGAAGUUGAGGCAGCUGACGAAGAAGGGUGUGAGGAAGACGAUGAUGGUGGUUUGACUGAGGAAUAUGGUGGAUAUGAAGAUGGAAAUGGUAAUUUUGGGGGUGAAUAGAAAUUUUAAGUAAAUUUGGUUUUUUUUGAGAAAUUAAAUCCUCCUCUAUUUUUAUUGGUUUUAACAGUUCUGUUUUUAAAAUACUAAAAUAAAAUUAAUUUAAUUAAUUAAUUGUAUUUUUUAGAAUUAAAUAAAUAAACAGAACAUUAAAAAUUGACCUCCUCUUUCCCUACAUUCAUCUGCAUAUUUUUGCAUUUUUGUCAUGUUUAACAUUCUCUCCCAUUUUUUGCUUUUUCUGUUAUGGGAAUAUU